UUUAUAAAACAAUAAUCUGCUUUAUAUGAUUCUUAUCUUUCUUCUUCUUCCACGAGUUCUGUCCAGAAACAGAAACAUUAAUUUAUUACAAAACAAAGUGUAUUUACUUCUCUUUGCUCAGACGUUUCUUUUUUCUUCUUCUUCUUCUUGAUCUUUUUCAGAAAUCAACUUCAUCUCAUCAUUCCUCUGUUUUUUUCUCUCUAUCUCUCUUAAUAAAGAAAAUGAUGAAAAUGAGUAUCGGAACAACAACUUCCGGCGACGGUGAAAUGGAGCUCCGACCUGGAGGAAUGGUUGUACAGAAAAGGACGGAUCAUAGCUCAAGCGUGCCACGUGGCAUUCGGGUUCGGGUCAAAUACGGGUCGGUCCAUCACGAGAUCAGUAUCAACUCUCAAUCUACUUUCGGGGAAUUAAAGAAGAUAUUGUCUGGUGCGACAGGAGUUCAUCAUCAAGACAUGCAGAUUAUAUACAAAGACAAAGAAAGAGACUCAAAGAUGUUUCUUGAUCUUUCUGGUGUCAAAGAUCGUUCGAAACUUAUUCUUAUAGAAGAUCCCAUUUCUCAGGAGAAACGUCUCCUUGAGUUGAGGAAAAUCGCCACCAAAGAGAAAUCAUCUAAAGCAAUCUCUGAUAUUAGUUUCCAAGUCGAAAGACUCGCCGGACAAGUAACUUAAGAAACAUAAUUUUAAAUUUUCCGGAUAACAACGCUCUUGUCUCGUAACUUGAAUCAGAAUUGUUUUUUUUGGUUUUUGGACUUUAGCUGUCGGCGUUUGAUACAGUGAUUGGUAAAGGAGGGAAAGUUGAAGAGAAGAAUCUUGAGAAUUUGAUGGAGAUGUUGAUGAAUCAAUUGGUCAAGCUCGAUGCCAUCUCAGGUGAUGGAGACGUUAAAUUGAAGAAGAAGAUGCAGGUACUUAAAUCAUGUUUUAUUACUCACUGUUACUAAUCUAAUUCUUCAUUUUACUUAGAAUUCUAGAUGACACAACUCUAUUAAUUUUUAUUCAUAAAUUUGCAGAAUUAUGGAACCAUUCUAUAAGUAAUUACCAAUCAUACCCAUAAAGUCUUGUUAUUCAAGUUUUUGAAGUCGCUUUGACAAUUAUUAUUUUUUAUGUAUAGUUAGAAUCUAAUGAUUCGAUUUACAAAUUGUUGGAAGGAGGAAAGAUUACACAAGUAUGUUGAGGCUCUCGACUUGUUGAAGAUCAAGAACUCAAGGCAACCGCAAACGAAACCAAAGCCGCAAUACAAGGAACGGGAAAUGCUGACAUUUUACGAGGAGGCGUCAAGGAAACCGACGGCCUCCUCAUCAAGUCCUCCGGUGAUCAUAACAACAAGAUGGGAAACGUUUGAUUCUAGUUCAGCCUCCACGGCAACCCUACAACCCGUUAGACCGGUUCACCCAAAAUUUAAAUGGGAAUUAUUCAAUUAAUAUCUAGAUAUUAAUUACACGAUAAUAUAAUAUACUAUACUUAGUUUUCAGAUUUAUUGUAAGGUGUAACAUAUGUGAUUAUUUUUGUCUAGUUGUAUAUGAUUUGUGAUUGGUCGUUUAUGUUACAUUAUCAAAUUUUGUUGUUGUGAUAUACUAAAAACAAUGUAGUAUUUACUAUUUAAAAGAAAAUAUGUGGAUU